AUGCUUCCGCGGGGUCUUAAGCUGCGAUCGGGUUUUAUCUCCGCACCCCAUCCCGUCAAGUUCCACGCCAAUUAUCUUUCGCCUCUUUCUGCCUUGGUCGGGAAAGCAGCUAGCUGUCUCUAUGUAUGCUUCACAGGACUUCGUUCAAUCACGCUCAUCAUCACAGCGUGCUUCGUAUUUGUUCUUCUGCAACAAGGCACAUUCUCUUCGUCACCACUCGCAGACGGCGACACCUCGGCAUCUGUCAACAUGGUCUCAGACCCGGUCCCAAAGCUUGACCUCAGCAUCCGUCAGACUGGCACCAGUCCCCCCACGCUGGCCGUCAAGGUCGCCAACAAUAACGAGGGACCCGUCACCAUACUGACCUGGGACUCGCCGCUCGAUCACGCCGCCCUCCAGCUCGGCCUGAUCGAAAUCACACCUCAAGGCGCCUCGGCACCGCUCGAGCUGCAGACGGUGCAGUUGCGGCGUGUCACACCACCAGGGCCAGAGUCACUCGUCGAGAUCGCCGCCGGGGAGUCUGUCGAGAGUGAGGUGCUCCUGAAGCAACCGACCGUAAGCGAGGAUGAAAUUUUUGCUGGCAAGGACACGGCGACUGUGGUUAUGAAGGGGACUUGGAUGGCCGUAUGGGGCAGCGCUAGGAAGGACAUAAGCGAUGAGGAAAUUGACAUCAAAGAGAAGAGCUUUGGGGGAAGCUUCAAAUCCAAUGAUUUGGAAAUACAGAGGGAGACGUAA